GUUGCUCCCGGAGUUGGCCAUGCCGAGGUCACGCAGCAGAUCCCGAAGCACAGGGCGGCGGAAGGAGCGUUCUCCGUCGCCAGACGAUGGGGAGCCCAUGGCAUGGAUUUUCAUUGGCGACCUGCCACCCAAAUCCAACUGGAGCUGCAUGAGGAGGCUGGUGACGCAAGCAGGAGGAAAGGUCCUUGGAGGAAAGGUGUACCCAUCUCACCGACCGCCUUGUGCCCUGGCGCGCAUUGGCACUGAAAAGGAGGCGGACUCGGUGGCACAGAAGCUGAAUGGCUCCGAGUUGUCAGGCAGGAGGAUCAGCUGCCGCAUCAUCGGCGAUGAGGACCGAAGAAAAAUCGAGAACAGCUAGCAGCUAGGAGCCUUGAUGCUCAGGCCAUGUCAAUUCUUCGAGGAAGAGAUUUGGCACCGGGAAAUGAAUCUCAAAGGGGCGAAGCACACCCCAGGGUUUGCGAAAAGACCCUGGGACGCUUUCAAAAGUGCUUCCGCCCAUAGUUAGGAACCCAUGGUCCACAAAUUGCACUCAGAAGGAGUGUGACAUAUCGACUUGCACCACUUUUUUAACAACAAUAGACAAUAGAUGUGUGGUUGUCACACAUGGCGCUAUACUGGGCCAGCACACCUGCCAUUUCGCAAGUGUCCAUUGCCGUCUUUGUGGUGACGAGUGACAUUGAGUGACUUGUGUGAUGGGAAUCCAGUGGCAAGUUCCAAGCUGUUGUGAAAAA